UGUAAAGAUGGCGGCUCCCAUAACAUGGAGGAGGUUGCGAUACUGUGUGUACACGCCGGCCCUGGCUGGGGUUUUCACCCGAAUAUCGGACCGAUUCUUCCGUACACGCGAUCGGAGGAGAGGGUCAUCUUUGUUGCUCCUAGCCCCUCUCCUAGCAGAGGCCGAGUCCUCUCCCCUUCCUCUCUUCAGAUCCCCCGGGUCGACUGGAGCUCAGGGCACCGAUGGCCUCCAUGCCCGCUUCCUUUGGAUGGCAGAACAUGUGCCCGCUUUCAGGGUGGCUGGCACACACAUCCACAUCCUCACCUCCCCUGACCAGUUUUACCAGGCAAUGAAGGCUCGAAUAAAGACGGCUAAGAGGAGAGUGGUGAUGGCUUCUCUGUAUCUGGGUACAGGACCCCUGGAACAGGACCUGGUGGACUGUAUGCAGGAAGCUCUGCAGCGUUCACAGGAGGUUGACAACUCUGACCUGCAGGUCUCCAUUCUAUUAGACUUCACACGUGGCUCACGAGGUCAGACUAACUCUAGGACCAUGUUGCUGCCGUUGCUGCAGCAGUACAGCAGUCGGAUGCGUGUGUCUCUGUACCAUACCCCUGAUCUGAGAGGGCUGCUCCGGCUCCUGGUCCCACAGCGCUUCAACGAGACCAUCGGGGUACAGCACAUAAAAGCCUACCUGUUUGACGAUGACCUCAUCAUCAGCGGGGCCAACCUGAGUGACUCGUACUUCACCAACAGACAGGACCGCUAUGUGCUCCUGGAGAACUGUUGGGAGGUGGCAGACUUCUUCUCUGAUCUGGUGGGUGCCGUGGGAGACGUGUCAUUACAGCUACAGCCUGACAACUCUGUCAGCAUGAUGGAAAACAUGGUGCACCCCUACAGAGGUAACCGGGAUGAUUUCUCGGCGUCGGCCCGGCAACACAUCAUGGAGGUGGUGAACACUGCUCGUAUGCGCCAAGACAUCGCCAACUCGGAACGUUUGAAGCGGGAGAGCAAGGGUGAAGAAGGGGGAGGGAAGGAGGACACUUGGGUUUUUCCUCUGAUUCAGAUGAAACCUCUGGGAAUACAGGUGGAUGAGGAGAUCACACAGCGCUUGCUGACAGAUGCGGGUCCCGGUGCAACUGUGUUUCUGACGUCGGGGUAUUUCAACCUGACAAGGGCCUACAUGUCGCUGAUUCUGGGGGUGGGCGCCGACUAUCGGAUCCUCACCGCCUCCCCGGAGGUCAACGGGUUUUUCGGCGCCAAGGGCAUUGCCGGGGAGAUUCCAGCGGCCUACAUCCACAUUGCCAGACAGUUCUACAGCAAAGUGUGUCAGCUGGGACAGCAGGAGAGAGUUCACCUUCACGAGUACCACAGAGCACACUGGACCUUCCACGCCAAGGGGCUGUGGUACUACCUGCGGGGGCAUGUGCGGCCGUGCCUGACUCUGAUUGGCUCACCUAACUUUGGCUACCGCUCGGUGCACCGGGACCUGGAGGCCCAGAUCGCCAUAGUAACAGAGAACCAGGAACUACAGGCCCACUUGCAGGAAGAGCAGGAGAUGUUGUACCAGAAGUCUACAGAGGUGUCCAGCUCUACGUUCCAGCAGCCAGAUCGCCAUGUCAAGCUGUGGGUCAAAUUGGUCACUCCCCUCAUCAAGAAGUUCUUCUGAGAGAAACAGCCAAACAAAGGAGGCAGACAGCGGCCAGUACCCACUUGGCAGGCUUCUCCUUGGUCUUGAGGUUGAAGGUCCAGAUGAAGGUGGGACCCCUCAUGCGG